CACAGGCCAGGAGGGGAACAGGUUGGUUUGACUCGGAGCAGAGAGAGAGAGAACCACAGCAGCUGGAGGAAGUUCUGGACCAUCAGGAGGAAAUCAGCCUAAAGACGCUUCUCCUCCUCUCUUCUCACCUACAGAAGGAGGGCGGUCAGCUAGCAGAGGCGUCCGAAGCUAAACGGGCUCUGGGGGAUGAGGUGGAGCAGGUCAGACAGAAGAACAAGACGCUGAAGGCGGCGUACGAUGCACUGCUGCAGCGUCAGAGGGAGGCGGAGUCCAAACUCAGGGAAGAGAAGGAGAAAGAGGAGCGCGUCCUGGAGGACAUGAUGCACCAGAAGAAGCAGGCCGCCGCCCGCAUGAACCACCGCAACGAACGCCGCUCCAGAGCUCGACAGGCAACCGUGCAGAAGCAGCUGCAGACGGCUGCCAGGUCAAAGGUCAUCGUCGACAGCGCUCCGACUUCCAGGUCCACGUCUCCGAAGCCGGAGGAUCAGGACAAGUCCGGCGGCCGAGGAGCGACUCGCCUCUUCAGGUCGGCGUCGGCCUCCUCGCCCAGGUUCUUCUCCUCCAUCAGAGAGAUGUUUGACAGGAAGAGAAGGGGUCACUCAGUCCGCAGCCUGGAGGAGGAUCUGCUGUUUCCCGUUGGAAUCUGUCUAUCAGCCAGAGUUCCUGUCAGACCGCUGCAAGUCCUGGAAGCCCAUGAGCAAGGCAUCAACGCGGUGCGGUUCAGCUUCGGCUCGGACCUGCUGGCCACCGGCGGGACGGACCGGGUCAUCAAGCUGUGGGACGUCCGGGCAGGGUCGCUGACUCACAGAGCCACGCUGGACGGCAGCACGGAGGGGAUCACCUGCGUGGAGUUCGACCACAUGGGCCGCAGGAUCCUGGCGGCGUCGCACAACAAGUCCGCCCUGCUGUGGCGCCUGGAUGACUCUGUCCCCAAGGUGACUCUGACGGGUCACAGCAGGAAGGUGACGGCGGCCAGGUUCACCUGCGUCCCCCACCAGGUGGUGACAGGAAGCACCGACCGGACCGUCCGGCUCUGGGACCUGAACAGAGCCGCCUGUGUGCAGCAGGGGGAGGUGGCGUCGUUCUGCAGCGACCUGGUCUGUUCUGACAGCAGCAUCAUCAGCGGACAUUUUGACUGCAAGAUCAGAGUCUGGGACAGCAGGACAGUGAACUGCGUUCAGGAGCUUCCCUCUCAGGGCAGAGUCACCUCGCUGGACCUGAGCUCCGACCGGCGCCAGCUGCUCAGCUGUUGUCGUGACGACUGCCUCCAGCUGCUGGACCUGCGCUGGACCAACGACCGGAUGUGCUUCAGAGCCGACGGCUUCAAGUGCGGCGGCGACAGCACCAAGGCGGUCAUCAGCCCGGAUGGAUGCUACCUGGCGGCCGGGUCCACUGACGGAGCCGUUUACAUCUGGAACGUCUCCACCGGGGGCCUGGAGGCCCGCCUCCCCGACCAGCACAGCUCGUCCAUCACCGCCGUGUCCUGGUCUCUCUCCGGAGAACACUUCGUCAGCGUGGACAGGAGCCGGCGGGCCGUCCUCUGGAGUGACAUCUGAACCGGCCAAUCACAUGAGACUUCCUGUGGACACGCAUUUGAACCAGCCAAUCCAGCAGCAGUUCACGGCCUGAGGAUAGAUGGGUCUGAGAAAUGAUUCAGGGAACGUUUCCCCUCAUCCCUUGGUAAUGAGGGGAAAAAGGGAAGUUUGGAGUUUUUAAAUAUUUUCUAACAGACCUUUGCUGCAGUAACAGAUUUAACAAGGGAACGUUGACUUUUUACUAACUUUCAGCUUUUUAAACAUGAAAACCGUUAAACUUUGAGAUGUAGAACAAACUCCCAGGAUGGAAAAUACCAGCAGGUUUUAAUGACAUUUGAGCGAAUGUGUUGAUUGGUGCUUCGUCUGAAGUCAGUGGACCAGACGGACAUCAGGAGCGUUCACUGGACAGGUGUGCUCACCUGACACAGGUAAAACUCCCUCAGCUGUUUAAACUUGAAGUCUCUGAAAGUCAGAGAUGAGUGGAAAUCGGGCAGAAGAAUGUUUCGUCUUCUGCAGCACUUUACAGACAGAACCUUCCAAGGAACUAAAAGUUCCCCCAGCUUGAACUGGUUCUUUAAUUUAAGGGAUAAAAAUGGCGGAGCAUCAACCAGCGUUCAGACUUCAGGGUUACGGAGCAGACAGUCAGUUUGCUCUGAUUGGUGCUGAAGGAAUCUGAUUAACAGCCAGAGCUGCAGGUGGGUACCAAGUGGUUCUCCUGAGAUCGGACCAGGUUAUGACACGAUCAGACCGGACUCACCAGCUGAUGGAGUUCAUCUGACAUGAGAGACGAUGAGGAGCAAUUCCUGAUUGAUUGUGACUGACAAUUACAGCUCCAAAAACCCGAUAAACAUCAGAUAAACUGCAAACCAAAACCCUGUCCACACAGAUCUGCCGUUUCCAGAAACAAUAGUUUUUGAAUCAGGGCUCCAGAAUCGUUUUGGCUGCCAACUGUCGCGUAUUUUUAGCCCAAUUGUCCCGGACUUUGAUUGCAGUCUGCAAUUUGUAUUCUCAAACACUAGAUGGCACUGUUCUCCUUCAGUAAGUAGAAAGCAGCGAAGCUCUGAGUCUCAGAAUGAGUCCUCCAGUCAGGCGUCACUGCUAACUGUAACAGUUUAUUUUAUAAAACAUAAGAGACUAAAUCUACAAACCAAUCCGUGAGUUUAAUGUGAGUGAAGCUCCUGACAUGGAGAUGAGAACAAUUUAUCUCAGCUGUUUUAAUCACGUCUAAUUAUAAAUAAGUAAAAUGCGUUUCAGAAAAAUGCAGAUUUGUAUUUAGUUUUAAAUUGUAUUUGCAUAAUGAAGGCAGCUUGAAGUUGCAGUUUUACCGCCUUCUUCACCACCAGGAGGCGGAAGGAAAAGAAACAUUGUGUUGAUUAAAUCCGUUGUUUCAAACCGUCAUGAAAAUAACGAGAUUAAAUCCUGUUUACUUGGAUGCGACUCAAAUGUUGGGGAAAUGAUAAAUACUACAGGAUGGUGAUGAAUUAACGGAGCUGACCCGUUUCCGGUUCUGAGCUUAGCUCCCCGCAUGCGCAUCACUCACAAACAUGGCGCCGUUCGCUGCUUCAUGGCUUCUGUGGCAGCGCUACAGCGCCACUCAGUGGCCAGGCAGACAUGCUACACCAUUUUAUACGAAGCCGCUGCGUCCUGUAGCAUGUUAAUUGAUUUACGGCGUUUGUUUACCGCGUCUAAAUUCAACCGGUAAUCUUUAAUUUCCUGGAAUCCAACAGGAGCCUGCAGAGCCCCCUGCUGGUGGGUUUUAAAAUAUACUAAAUAGCUUUUUCUUUAACAAAAUAAUUUUGAGUUGUGCAGUUGCGGCGUCCUGCCAGCAGAGGGCGCUGCUCCAAAGCGUUCAGCUUUCCCUGGCGGCUGAAACCGGUUCUGCUGGUUUUACUCUGAAACGGACCAGAACAUUCGGAUCGGAUCAGAACUGGACCGGGUUUGGGUUUCAUGAAGCUUCAACUCAAAGCUAAUUGGUUCUGCAGGUGCUGCAGAACAGGUUCUGGUUCUAGUUCAGAUCUUGGCUUGGAUCGGGUAGGUUCUACAGAACCAGGUCUCGACUGAUUAAGGAAAACUUAAGAGGUUCUGAAGCCAACCCAGUUCUGUUCUGGAACCAGUUUCUGGCCAGUUUCAUCAUUUGUGUUUGUUAAACUGGAUCUGGAUCAGAACCAGCUGUGGAGAUCAAAACUGGUUCUUCAUCCGGUCUGGACUCAGGUUCUCAGAUUAAACGUCUCUGGUUCCGGUUCUGUUCUUAUGAUGUUUGGUUGAAAAGGGAAGAUGAUGUGAAAUAUUUGUAUUUUUGCUGCUCUGCCUUUUGUUCGGUUCUGUUGGACCUUCCGGGUUUAAAGGGAACAUUUGGAUCAUCUGGUUUUAUCCUUCAUUUAUUUAUACAGCUUAAAUGGGACUGUAUGGCAAGCCGUUUUCAACUUAAUGAGUCCUGAAAGUUGAAAGUUCCUCGGAAAUAAAGAAAUAAAUCCAGAAUUUAACUCACA